GAACAUUUUAGCGUUAAGUUAAAUGCAAGGCCUUUUUUGUAAAAUUGUCUAACAUUUUUAACAAACCAUUUAUAUCAAACUGCUAUAUUUUGUAAUAAUGGAAAGAAAAACUGAUCGUGGUAGUGAAGUUCAAAACUGGUUGAAAGUUGCUCUAGCACAGGAAAAUCUUAAACGUUUCUCAAUCGAGAUAAUCGGAAAUUCUGAAAAAGGUGACGGAUUCGUGGGAGAUAUAAUUUUCGUUUGUGUAACAGGAACCGACAAAGAAGGCAAAAACAAAGAAUACAAUCUUGUUUUAAAAUGCAGCAAAUCUAGUGCUGCCUUAAUGGAAAAUGCACCUGCUUUUAGAACAGCAUUUGUAAGAGAAGCUUACAUUUAUGAAAACGUUUUUCCAUUUUUCAAACAAUUUCAAUUUAAUAAAGGUAUCGAAAAACCUUUUGAUAGUGUGCCAAAAUGCUACGGUGUUUAUAGUGAUCAAUUUAGACAUGUUAUUGUGUUGGAAAAUUUGAAGAAAUUAGGGUACGACUUGUGGCCAAAAGCAAAACCAUUAACAAGAGGAGUUAUCGAUACUAUAAUAAGAGAAUAUGCAAAAUUUCAUGCGAUUUCCGUGGCUGUGGAAGAUCAGUUCCCCGAAAGAUUUCAAAAACUGCUUCAAGACUCAACUGAAAAUACACUAAAGGAGUUUAUGGACAAAUCUGGAUUUUUAAAUGUAUUUAAAAAUUCUGUGGAAGAGGUAUAUGAUUUGCUAAGGGAUGAUGUUAAAAAUGAGACCUUAGAGGAGUGGUUAAAGCUCAAAGAUCAAGUUGGUUUAAUUUUUGGUGAUAUGACACCCAGUGUUGGCGAUUUAAAAGUGAUAAACCAUGGGGACUGUUGGAUGAAUAAUUUUUUGUAUAAAUUUGAGGACGAAGAGAAAAACCACGUUUCCAAGUUUGCCAUUCUGGACUGGCAACUCUCCAAAUUCACAUCACCUGCAACUGAUCUGUCAUACUUUUUGUUCUCCAGUAUAUCAAAAGAAGAUAUUACUGACAUUGACACUAUUUUGAAAGACUAUUAUAGAUACUUUUGCGAGUAUUUAAGAAGCCUAGAUACCAAGGUUUCGGAUGAAUAUACCAUGGAAAAAUUUUUUAGUGAAUGGAAGAAGUACGGCAGAUAUGGCGCAGUGUUUUGCAUUAUACCAAUCAAAUCUUUGUAUUCGGAAAAGGAACACCUUCCAGAUGUGGCUGAAGCUGCGAACAGAGGAGAAGAUAUUAUUGAAUCGUUUAAAUUUGAAUUGAAAGAUGAAAGCGGCUUUAAAAACAGGUUGAGACCAAUUGUUGAAUAUGUUGUUAAGAAUAUAAUCUAAUUUAAUGAAACUCAUAAAUGUUAAUUAACAAUAUUAUCUGAAUAUUUUAGUUAUUUAAUUGUUAGGAACUUUAUAACUAUAUACUUGUAUUUAAUUUAUCAAUUUAUCUUUAUAAUUAAAAUAGCUAAAGCGUCGAACAAUCAUAGACACAUGAUGUCGAAGAUUUGCAAGUUAUAACUCAUGGUGAUAGAACAAUUUUUCGUUGUUGUUUGAAUGAUAAGGGAA